CGCUCUUCGAAUUCGAAAGGCGCAUCCAAGAAAAACCGAAAGGCGGCGGCGUCGCCCACCACCUCGCCGGAAUCUGCCACCGAUGGACCCCGAGGCUGGGGGGAGGUACGAAAAACUCCAAAGGUCGUUCAAGGUCGCCGCCAAGUACCUCCUCACCGCCUGCUCCCGCGAGGAUGUCAACCGGGCUUUCCCGUCGUUCACAGAUGCCGAGAGGGAGCGUUUGUACCGAAUGAUCACCCACGUGAUCAAGUCUAUGCAUGCCAACAUAACGGAGGCGUUCGACGAAGUCUGCCAACAAAAACAGGUUGCUGCUGCUCUUGACAAGAUAGAUGAGUUUCUUGAAGAGCAAAAUCUGGAUGUAUUAUCUUCAGACAAGACUAGCAUUGAAGAAAUCGAAGAAAAGAUAUCGAGGGCAAAGAAAGAUGAAAUUGAAUAUUUGACUGGUUUACUGGAGAAGGUUGAAGAAAGUAACAAUACCAUGAAAGCUCGAAUUGAACUCCUGAAGAAAGGGGAGGAUUCGACUGCAACAAGAGAUGUCCUCAACAAGCUGACGCAAUGGAAUUCCGCAUGCCUGAACAACAAUGAUCAUUGAGCCUAUCUGAUGAUCACUCACUGGCGUCAAUGGACAUCUUUUUGUAUAGGGGUGUGCCAGAUGUUAGAUUGGAUGAUAUGAUUCAGGAAUCCCUUAUGAAUGUUAUGUGCCAUGGAACAAAUAUGGUCGUCUUUGUUUUCGCUACGGUCCUUAGAUCCAUGAACUUGAACAACUACGGUUGUCUUUGUUUUCGCUAUGUCCUUAGAUCCAUGAACUAAAUGUACCCUCUCGGUUGAAACCAAAAGCUGUUUUUUGUUUCCUUUA